AUGGUUCCUCACCCUUGGCUCAGUCUGCCCAGUCAACUCGGCAGUUGUCUCUGCAAGCUAACAGAAAGCUUGGCCACUGACAGCCGAUUUCAAGCCUUUUGCAACCUGGGACCCGGAGCCAAAGAGUUUGCUUUUGGGUGGAAGGCUGCAGGCUCAGACUCUGUCAUCGUGUGCCACGUGAAGCCAGGCCACGUCUCCGUCACACCAGGAUCAGAGGCAGAAGCCAAUUUUAUCCUCUCCGCUCUUCCGGAGCAAUGGGAGCAGUUCUACAAGCCUAUUCCUGUGGCCCCCUACCAAAGCUACUGGGGCAUGGUCGGCCAGAAUAUUCACCAGGAUGGGCCACGGGUUCUGGAGAUGAGCCAUGAAGCUCUACACGGUCGCAUGCAGGAGGACCCCGUGCCACCCCCCCUCAGUCUUGAAGAUGCCAUCGUUGGCCGGUACGUGUAUGUGUCACCUCCGGGCUGGGGCAGGACAAAGGUAUUCUACGAGCAGAGCGGUAGCGAACAACAUCCGGAUAUUUUGUUCCUCCAUACGGCGGGUUCAGAUUCGCGGCAGUACCAUGGCGUCAUGAAUGAAGCACGAAUGCUGGCAAAAUGCCGCAUGACGGCAUUUGACCUGCCUGGGCAUGGUCGCAGCUUUCCACCCGAGAUGCAGAUUCCUGGGUCUUAUACCAAUACCGAAGAGACAUAUGUUGGCUGUAUAAGGGAGGUGAUUCGCGCACUCGGCCUCAAGAAGCCCAUUGUGUGCGGCGCGAGCAUGGGAGGCCAUGUAUGUCUUGCCAUUGCGCUGCGGGCCGAGGAGCUAGGUGUUGGUGGUGUGAUUCCUUGCCAAGGCUGCGACUUUACGAAUAUGGAUCGUCAGUGGUGGGAUCGCUCCGUCUCUGUGAACCAGUCAUUGUUCAACCCAGAAUGGAUAUACGGAAUGAUGGCGCCUACCGCCCCGCGUAUCAACCGUGACAUGGUAUGGCAUUGUUACUCGUCCCAAGCCUUUUGCAUCUUCCAUGGUGAUUUGGACUUUUAUUACGGCGGAUGGGAUGGUCGUACACGAGUCAAGGAUAUCGAUACCGACAAGUGUCCAGUGUACAUGUUGACGGGCGAAUAUGACUGGAGUACUACCCCGGAGCUAAGUGAGAAGACGGCCUUGAAGAUUCGGGGCGCUAAAUUCACAAAGAUGCUGGGUCUCGGCCACUUUCCGGCGGCAGAGAAUCCUCACCGCUUCGUCACAUAUCUAGUUGAGGCUAUUGACUAUAUACUGUUCCAACAGGUGGAGCGUAGCUAG